CCAGCCUUGGGCCAGGAAGAAGAUGCAAGCCUGCCCCAUACGAAUCCCAACUGUAAGCAAUGAUACCGACUGGGACUUCUGCUUCCAUUUGUCACAGCAAACCGAGAUCCCAGCAUGCCAGCAAACAGAAGAGUUGUGUACCACUUGUGGGUCUGGAGAGAGUGAAGAAGACACAACAGCCCAGACAGAGGAGAUAGUCAUUGACUGUAUGUCUCUUCCCAAAGAGAAAUUAGCACAGGCCCAGAAGAAAAUAGUUCAGCUGAUUAAGGAAAAAAUGAAUAUCCAAGCAAACAAGGAGCUGAUUCGAUGUGUCAUCCUUUCUCGGAUUAUUUUUGGGGAAGAUCAUUGGAAAUGUGCACAGGCGUUGGCCAGCCUGGCUUAUGGCUACUUGACACUGAGAGGCCUCCCAGCUCAGGCCAAGAAACAUGCGGAGUCUGCCAAGACCACACUGUUGACCUGGAAGGGAAACACGACCUCAGACAAGGAAAAAAAGGAAAUCCUGGAUGCCCUGGUCAUGCUCUACUACACUGUGGGGGUGGCGUGGCUCCUCCAGAACCAUGGCAGAGAGGCCUAUUUCAACCUGCAGAAGGCAGAGAGAAACAUGAAGGAGCUGAAAGAAUUAUGUAAGGGAAGUGUUUGUGGAUUACAAGUCUCAGAGAAAGACCUAACAAUUGCUUUGGGCAGAGCCUCCUUGGCCAUCCACAGGUUGAACCUAGCUUUGGCAUACUUUGAGAAAGCAGUUGGCAACGUGAUUGCUGCCAAGGGUGAUGGCACACCAGACCUGAUCAGCCUGUAUGAGGAAGUAGCUCAGAUUGAACAGCUGAGGAGGAACCAUGACAAGGCCAUCCAGUACCUGAAGCAGGCCCAUUCUAUCUGUGUUUCUUCGUUCACUGAAGUCAGCCCCCAGACUGCAGAGGCCAGCGCUUUACUAGCCAGAGCUUAUGCCAUGUCCGGAGAGCCCCAGCACAAGGAUGCUAUUGAGACAUAUUAUAUAAAAAGUAUUAGUGCAUAUCAAGUAACACUGGGCUCAGAGGAUUCUGAAACACUGGCCACCAUUGAAGAAUUUUGCAAAUGGCUUGUCCAGAAUGGGGAAAAACAGGAAGCUUACAGACUGCUGAAGUCGUUACUGAAGUCCCAGGUUAUCAGCUAUGGUGACUGCAGUGAAAAAGUGGCUGAGACUUUUUAUAACAUGGCCAGGAUCUGCUUUGCCGAAGGGGAGCUGGGAAAGGCAAUUCAGCUGCUUAGGAAGUGUCUGAUGAUUCAAAUCUUUGUGUAUGGAAGUGAACACAGUAAAAGCAGAGAGACAAAAAGCCUCCUUACCCUAUUACAAAGGGCAAACACCAGUUCAUCCCGAUGGAGGAGAGAAGCCAUUCCAGGAAGAAGGAAUUCCAUAUGCAAGGGCACCGAAGCAUGACUGAGGCGGCGGACCCAAGGAGUGGCAUGGUCUUCUGUUACCAGUAAAGAGUAAACCUCUAUACAAGAGAGCCAACAAUAAAGGCAACCUUGUUGAUAAUAAAAAUCCUGGACUACAAAAUGUUUGUCAACACGGCUAGCAGUGGCAGAUCAAAAGCCAGACUGCACUUUUUUUUUUUUUUACUAAAGACUCUGGAGAUAAAGGUUCACUUAGCAUCAGUAUUACAGGUAAAGCACCCAAGAGUCGUUAGAAACCAGGACCCUUACCUGUAACUUGGAGGAGAGAAAUCUUUUAGACACAUGUUGAUUUAACUUAUGUUGUUUUUUUUUUUUAAGAUUUAUUUUAUUUAUUUGACAGGCAGAGUUAGAGUGAGGUAAGACAGAGAGAGAGGUCCUCCAUCCACUGGUUCACUCCCCAGAUGGCUGCAAUGGCUAGAGCUGUGCCAAUCCAAAGCCAGGAGCCAGGAGCCAGGAGCCAGGAGCCAGGAGCCUCCCCCGGGUCUCCCACGUAGGUGCAGGGGCCCAAGGACCUGGGCCAUCCUCCACUGCUAUCCCAGGCCACAGCAGAGACCUGGAUCGGAAGAGGAGCAGCCGGGACUAGAACUGGUGCCCAUGUGGGAUGC